AUGACAAGUCUUCAGCCGGUCAAAUGUCAAGUCUUCAGCCGGUCCAAUGUCAAGUCUUCAGCCGGUCAAAUGUCAAGUCUUCAUCCGGUCCAAUGUCAAGUCUUCAGCCGGUCAAAUGACAAGUCUUCAGCCGGUCAAAUGACAAGUCUUCACCCGGUCAAAUGUCAAGUCUUCAGCCAGUCAAAUGUCAAGUCUUCAGCCGGUCAAAUGUCAAGUCUUCACCCGGUCAAAUGUCAAGUCUUCAGCCAGUCAAAUGUCAAGUCUUCAGCCGGUCAAAUGUCAAGUCUUUUAGCCGGUCAAAUGUCAAGUCUUCAGCCGGUCAAAUGUCAAGUCUUCAGCCGGUCAAAUGUCAAGUCUUCAGCCGGUCAAAUGUCAAGUCUUCAGCCGGUCAAAUGUCAAGUCUUCAGCCGGUCAAAUGUUAAGUCUUCAGCCGGUCAAAUGACAAGUCUUCAGCCGGUCAAAUGUCAAGUCUUCAGCCGGUCAAAUGUCAAGUCUUCAGUCGGUCAAAUGUCAAGUCUUCAGCCGGUCAAAUGUCAAGUCUUCAGACGGUCAAAUGGCAAGUCUUCAGCCGGUCAAAUGUCAAGUCUUCAGCCGGUCAAAUGUCAAGUCUUCAGCCGGUCAAAUGACAAGUCUUCAGCCGGUCAAAUGACAAGUCUUCAGCCAGUCAAAUGUCAAGUCUUCAGCCGGUCAAAUGUCAAGUCUUCAGCCGGUCAAAUGUCAAGUCUUCAGCCGGUCAAAUGUCAAGUCUUCAGCCGGUCCAAUGCCAUGCACUCCCCCGGCUGA